UGUGAAUUUGCUUCCUGAUUUCGCCUGCGGUACAAAUUCAGCAACCUGACAGAAGAGACCCGUAAGGAGUGAAUUUGUGAAGUAAAAUUUAAGGUCUAUAACCUGUCUAGGCUAGAAUAGGACAAAAUUUAGAGAAGCUUGCAUCCGGAUCUACGGUAAACUAGUCUAAUUUGACGGAGAAUUCACUGUAUAUUCUAGAAAAGAGCGAUUAUUCGAAGGAAUGGCGACGGACGAAUUGGCACAGAAGUUGGCCCACCGGACGAAGAUCAACGAAGGGGAAGAGCAGGGGGACGCACACCGGGUGAAGGUGGUCAACGUUUACACCGAGUUCCCGGAGUUUACUAGGAAACAAAUUAAAGAUUUCGAGAAAACGUUCAAAAAGUAUGACACAGGAGGUGAUAAUUUCAUUGACAUGAUGGAGUUAAAAUACAUGAUGGAGAAACUAGAAGCCCCUCAGACUCACUUAGGGCUUAAAGCAAUGAUAAAAGAGGUAGAUGAAGACAUGGAUCAGAAGAUCAGUUUUAGAGAGUUUCUACUGAUCUUCAAGAAAGCAGCAGCUGGAGAACUGGCAGAGGGUAGUGGCUUGAGUCAGCUAGCCCAGCUUACAGAGAUCAAUGUGGAUGAAACAGGCGUCGGCGGAGCCAAAGACUUCUUUGAAUCGAAGAUCAAAGUUCAGUCACAAGAGAACAAAUUCUAUCAGGAGAUUCUUGACGAACAAGAAGAAAGGAAGAGGGAAGCUGAAACAAAAAAAUUAAGGCAACAAGAGUUCAAAGCGAAGGCAGCCAUCUUUAAAUAAAAGUGAACUAACUGACUGAAAUUACAAAAUUGCUGGGUAUGAGAAGAGAGAGGCAUUUUCUACAUGAGAGACUUACUGAAUCUGUGGUACUUAUCCUUGUCUGUACAACCGUUCGCUCCUGCUAUUUCUUUAGUCGUCUUUCUGGUUUCAAUAAGUUUUUUUUUAUUCACUUGUCGACAUCUCGGACUGCUACGUAGUGCUACGCAUGCAUCACUCCUCUCCCUCGUCCACUCAGAAUAGAAAAUUGAUUCUUCCAUCUUCAGCAAAGCUGGGACCACUUGUACCUAUGAUAUCAUCACAAGCCGUCUACACUUGGCUGUACACAUCAAGUGAAAUCAAAUGUCAUCAGGAAUUAACGUCAUCAGUGCAUCAAUAUCCAUAGCUGGAUAGAGCUGCAACACGUUAUCUUGAGGCAAAAAAAAGAGUACUCCAAAAGGUCAAGUGCGCACCAAGUUCCACUCUUUUCUAUUGUGCAUGCAUGGAGUACUUUAUGCGUUGGUAGGCACCAUGUAUGGUCAAUUGUGCACUUGGAUGACUUUUCCUUUGCCCCAAGGUCUUGCGUGCGACAGCGCACUAUGAGCUCCAUCCAGCUUGUGGAUAUCGAUGCACCGACAUUGACUUGUGUGAUCUUGGUUGCCGUUCUUGCUCUCAUUGGCCAAACUUCCUAUUGUCUUAGAGUGAGAAAGAGAAAGAAAGACAGUAACUAAACUGAACACCUGUGACUGCCUACAUUAGGUAUUAUAAAAUAGGUGUAUUAUUUCAAGCAGCGCGAUUGGCCAAUGCGCGUCACAUGACCUCCAACUUUUUUUGUGCAUG